AUGACCCUGAGCACGGAGAUGUCCGAUGCCUCCGGCCUCGCGGAGGAGACAGACAUCGACGUGGUAGGGGAGGGCGAGGACGAAGACGACGAAGAAGAGGAGGACGACGACGAGGGCAGCGGUGGCGUGUCCCGCCUGGCGGUGCCCGCGCAGCGGCGGCGGCGGCGGCGGCGCUCCUACGCCGGGGAGGACGAGCUAGAGGACCUGGAGGAGGAGGAGGAGGAGGACGAUGACAUCCUGCUAGCCCCGCGGUCAGGGGCCUCCCCGGCGCCCCCGGGCCCAGCCCCAGCGGCUGGGGCCGGGGCGAGUUAUUUUUACCCUAGCACGACUAAGAGAGGAGACAUUGGAACGAUCGCGCUCAUCACCAUGGCCAUCCUGCAGAGCCCCAAGAAGCGCCUGACGCUGAGCGAGAUCUGCGAGUUCAUCAGCGGCCGCUUCCCCUACUACCGGGAGAAGUUCCCCGCCUGGCAGAACAGCAUCCGCCACAACCUCUCGCUCAACGACUGCUUCGUUAAGAUUCCCCGCGAGCCCGGCAACCCCGGCAAAGGCAACUACUGGACGCUGGAUCCCGAGUCCGCCGACAUGUUCGACAACGGCAGCUUCCUGCGCCGGAGGAAGCGCUUCAAGCGGCAGCCGCUGCUCCCGCCCAACGCCGCCGCCGCCGCCGCCGAGUCGCUGCUGCUGCGCGGCGCAGGGGGCGCGGCGGGCGCGGGCGACCCGGCCGCAGCCGCUGCGCUCUUCCCGCCGGCGCCUCCGCCACCCCCGCACGCCUACGGCUACGGCCCUUACGGCUGCGGCUACGGCCUGCAGCUGCCGCCCUACGCGCCGCCUUCGGCCCUAUUCGCCGCCGCCGCGGCCGCCGCAGCCGCCGCCGCCUUCCACCCGCACUCGCCCCCGCCGCGCCGGCCGCCCCCGCCGCCUCCGCCGCCGCACGGCGCGGCCGCCGAGCUGUCCCGGACCGCCUUCGGCUACCGGCCGCACCCACUCGGCGCCGCCCUGCCCGCCCCACUGCAGGCCUCGGCUGCCAAGGCGGGCGGCCCGGGCGCCUCGGCGCUGGCGCGCUCGCCCUUCUCCAUCGAGAGCAUCAUUGGGGGCAGCCUGGGCCCGGCCGCCGCCGCCGCCGCAGCGCAAGCUGCCGUUGCCGUGCAGGCCUCGCCCUCACCCUCUCCGGUGACGCCGUCCGCGCCCGGAUCCGCCGGCGGCGGCGGUGGCGGCUGCGCGGUUCAGGCGGCCGUGGGCCCGGCUGCCGCGCUUACCCGCUCGCUCGUGGCCGCCGCGGCCGCCGCCGCCUCCUCGGUCUCCUCGUCGGCCGCCCUGGGGACUCUGCACCAAGGGACUGCCCUGUCCAGUGUCGAGAACUUUACUGCUAGGAUUUCAAAUUGUUAA